UUUUAACCUGCAAGAAUGUGACUUGAUCUGGAUAGUAGCACAUUUUCUCAAUUUUGAUAAGGUGAAAAUUUUUUCUGGACUCCACAGCUUCAGCCUCCCAGGAAUAUGAAGAGCAGCAAGAACUUUGGCUGACUUCACUGUUGAAGAUACAACUAACGCCUUCUGCAACUUUUAGAUGUAUCAGUUCUUCAUUCUUUUUUAGACUCUAACUGAUCAUACUGAACAAACCCUGAAAUUAUUAUUGAGGGUACUACAGAAAAACAAAAAAAAUGGGGUUUCUAUGUCAACUAUCAAUUAUCCCUCUUCUAUUUGGAGCUAUGGUCUUUUGUCAGCAUGAAGGUUAUGAUUUUGAGGAUGAAUAUGACCAAGAGCCAGAUGAUGAAUACUCACCUAUUUUUCAUUUUAAUCCUAGUGUAGAAUAUGUAGUUCCUCAUUUUCCUACUCCAGCCAAGUGUGCUCAAGAAUGCUUUUGCCCACCAACUUUUCCAUUAUCAAUGUACUGUGACCAUCGAAAACUUAAGAUGAUACCACAUAUUCCUUCCCACAUCCAACAACUCUAUCUUCAGCAUAAUGACAUUAAAGCUGUAACUGCAGAAUCUUUUGUUAAUGCCACUGCCUUGAGAGAAAUUAACCUUAGCCAUAACAAAAUUAAAUCUCAUAUGAUUGACCAUGGUGUUUUUGCCAAACUUUCAAAUCUUGUGCAACUUCACUUAGAACACAAUAAAUUGGAUGAAUUUCCAUUUCCUCUUCCCAGCUCUCUAGAACGACUCUUUCUCAGUUUCAAUGAGAUUUCCAGAUUACCUGGAAAUGCCCUGCAAGGGUUAGUAAAUGUGACCGUACUUGAUCUCUGCAAUAACUAUCUUGAUGACUCCCUACUCAAAGGAAAAUACUUUUCAAAUCUGAAAAAUCUAUUGCAGAUCAACCUAUGCAACAACAGGUUACAGACUAUGCCUCCUGAUCUCCCAUUUUCACUUAUAUAUCUCUCCCUCGAAAAUAACUCAAUUUCUUACAUUCCAGAAAACUAUUUCAAUAGACUUCCAAAAAUAACUGCUCUAAGAAUGUCACACAACAACCUGCAGGAAGUCCCAUAUAAUGUUUUUAACCUUUCCAACCUUGUAGAACUCAAUGUUGGACACAACAAGCUGAAGCAAGCAUUCUAUAUUCCAAGAAGUCUACAGCAUUUGUAUAUUGAAGACAAUGACAUUGAAUUUGUAAAUAUUACUCUGAUGUGUCCUUCAAUUGAUCCAAGGAAUAUCAAUCAUUUAACCUAUAUUCGGAUGGACCAAAAUAAGCUUACAGCUCCAAUAAGCACAUAUGCAUUCUUCUGCUUUCCCCACAUACGCAUUAUUUAUUAUGGUGAACAAAAAGGAAGUGUCAGCCAAUCAACACAACUGAGAACUCCAGUUGUCCGCAGAUUUUUAACACCAGAAGAAUAUGAUGAAGCAGAAGAUGGUCACGAAAUGGAAGAUGGUCAUGAAGAAGGAGAAAGAGAAGAUGACUACUUUCAUCCUUACUUUUAAGGAAGUAAUUAUAAAGUACAAGUAAAGUAUAUAUAAAAGAGGUGAAUAAUUUGGGGCACUAAAAGGGAGUUAUGAGCAAUAUGAACUAUGUAAACAAUAGUGGUUAGAUCAGAUUCCAAGUAUAUACAACAGUGCUUUCUAACCUUUUCCAGGCAACUAAUUAUUAGUUGAGUGAAGUAAUCCUUGACUGUACCAAUCAUUACCCUUUCCCUCUCACUCACAUUCCAACUCGGAAGAGAACUUGGUUAUGUUAAUUUUGCAAUUUGGACUAAACUUUUUGCAUAUAUUUGUGUUGAUUUUAAUUUUUAAAUGUAUACUGAGUGGUUUUGGUUUAACAUAACUGAAAGAAUAAAAAUGCUCUUAAUCUGAGAAAAAUG